AUGAACAGAGUUAAAAAACGCAACUUCACGGAGUCCGAGCUCGAGAUUUUGCUCCACGAGGUAGAAAUGCGCAAGCAUAUGUUAUUUGGUACCCUGUCAACAGGGAUAAAUGCUAAACAAAAGAAAAAUGAGUGGGAGCGUGUUUGCGAGGCCGUCAAUGCAGUGGGGUCUCAGCAGCACACACACUCUGAAAUUAAAAAAAAGUGGUCAGACCUCAAGGUGGAGGUGAAGCGGAGGGUUUCUGCCCACCGCCGAAGCGUGACCGCAACAGGUGGGGGGACGGGAGUGGGGGAACUCUCCCCCUUCGAUUUGAGAGUGGCCGCUUUGAUCGGUGACACAGCUCUCACCGGAGUGGUGGGAGCCCAUGAAGGGGACACCGAUCAUCCCCAAGACAAGCAAGGAGAGGGCACGGUUUGCUCCGUCGGCCCCGGCGUCUCCUCCGUCGGCCGCGGCGUCUCCUCUGUCGGCCCCGGCGUCUCCUCCGUCGGCCCCCGGGGUCUCCUCCGUCGUCCCCCGGCGUCUCCUCCGGCGUCUCCUCCGUCGUCCCCGGCGUCUCCAGCCCCGGCGUCUCCUCCGUCGGCCCCGGCGUCUCCAGCGUCACCGCUGACUCCGGUUUCUCCACCGGCUCCGCUGCACGCGGCGCCUCCAAUUCAUCUGCCAACCACCCGACCGGCCGUGUCCUCAACCGAGCUGUGCUGGAGUCACAGGCAGAAAUAGUCAGAGCCAUCGGUGGCAUUAAUGAUCGCCUUGAUCGGCUU